GAAACGUGAGAUUUCGUGGCGAAAGGGUAAUUGGAGUGUUGAAUUGAAUCCCGUUUCCAACCUUACACACUCCUCGCUUUGUUUCCACUUUCCAAUCCAUCGUUGCUUACCCUUCACCUCUCCCUCCGAUUUCGUUACUCAGAUCAAAAUGUCUCGAAGAUAUGAUAGCCGUACAACAAUCUUCUCCCCCGAAGGACGUCUUUACCAAGUAGAAUAUGCAAUGGAGGCUAUUGGGAAUGCUGGUACCGCAAUAGGGAUCUUAUCGAAAGAUGGGGUUGUGCUGGUUGGUGAAAAGAAGGUUACGUCCAAGCUGCUGCAAACCUCGACUUCCACUGAGAAGAUGUACAAGAUUGAUGAUCAUGUUGCAUGCGCAGUGGCUGGGAUAAUGUCUGAUGCCAACAUCCUAAUCAAUACAGCUAGGGUCCAAGCACAACGCUACACAUAUGCGUAUCAAGAGCCCAUGCCAGUUGAGCAGUUAGUUCAAUCUCUUUGCGAUACUAAGCAAGGAUACACCCAAUUUGGCGGUCUUCGACCUUUUGGAGUCUCAUUUUUGUUUGCAGGAUGGGACAAAAAUUUUGGCUUUCAGCUUUACAUGAGUGACCCUAGUGGAAAUUAUGGUGGUUGGAAAGCUGGAGCUAUUGGUGCGAAUAACCAGGCAGCACAGUCAAUACUAAAACAGGACUACAAGGAUGAUAUCACAAGAGAAGAAGCAGUGCAACUUGCAUUGAAGGUUUUGAGUAAAACCAUGGACAGCACAAGUCUGACCUCAGAAAAGCUUGAACUUGCAGAGGUUUAUCUGUCACCAUCUGGAAAAGUCAAGUAUGAAGUUUGCUCACCAGAGUCCCUGACUAAGCUACUGGUUAAGUUUGGUGUGACCCAACCUGCAACCGACACUGCCUAGCUUGCUGUUACAUAAUUGGUGCAGUUUGAUUAUGUCUGUCUUAUUAUUCAUUUGCUGUGUUUUAGGCAUUAGAUAGCAGAUAUUGGCUCAAACAUAUUUCAAGCGUGAACAUUUUGCCUUUUGGUAAUGCUAAUGGCUAUUUAGUUGGUACGUCUUGUUAGAUUUUUAAUGCAGAUCGAUGGUACUUUGUCCCAUUUGGUUAACCACAGUAUUUGCAAUGUUUUGGAGUAGUCAUUUUUAAAUUCAGGUUAUAUGAUCAACCUAUCAGCUUACAAGCAUUUUCGAAGUUUAGGGCUGUU